UAGCGCUAAUCCAGUAGGCGGCCCACGCGCAUGCGUCGGCUCCAGAGGAGCCUGCUGUGUAUGUGCGCGGUGCGGAAGCUCGUUGAAGGUAACGCGAGCAGCGGAGGGGGCGGGCUCGCUUUCCUCGCCCUGUCAGCAGCCUCCGGGAGGUAGGUGAUGAAGUUGCCGAUUGCCAGCGGCUCUCCUCCAACCUUCUGGCUAUCGCCGCCAUUAUGUCCGCCAUCGCCACGAUACAGCAGGAGUUCCAGGAGGUCGACGAUGCUAAUGACUGGCAGCCCCGCUACUUGGAUAUCCGGCAUCAAUCCAGUGAUUAUCCUCAUAAAGUGGCAAAGUAUGCAGAAAACCGGAAUCGGAACAGAUACAGAGAUGUUAGCCCAUAUGAUCACAGUCGUGUAAUACUACAGAAUUCUGACAAUGAUUACAUCAAUGCCAGCUUGGUGGUUAAUGAAGAAGCUCAAAGAAGAUAUAUAUUGACACAGGGUCCACUUCCUAACACAUGUUGCCAUUUCUGGCUAAUGAUAUGGCAACAAAAGACCAAAGCAAUUGUCAUGCUUAAUAGAAUUGUUGAGAAAGAUUCGGUGAAGUGUGCGCAGUACUGGCCAACAAAACAAGAGGAACCAAUGAUAUUCAGAGAAACAGGAUUUUGUGUGAGGCUAAAAUCUGAAGAUGUCAAAUCGUACUACACAGUACGACAACUCCAGCUAGAAUGUAUUGAUACUGGUGAAUCCAGGAUAAUAUUCCAUUUUCAUUAUACUACAUGGCCAGAUUUUGGAGUUCCUGAAUCCCCAGCUUCAUUCCUCAACUUCUUGUUUAAAGUCAGAGAAUCUGGAUCUCUGAGUUCUGAACAUGGACCUGCAGUCAUUCAUUGUAGUGCUGGAAUUGGACGCUCUGGUACAUUUUCAUUGGUAGACACAUGUCUUAUUGUGAUGAAAAAAAGAAAUGACCCAUUUCAUGUAGAUAUCAAGCAAAUAUUAUUAGAUAUGAGAAAAUAUCGGAUGGGACUGAUUCAGACUCCUGAUCAACUAAGAUUUUCAUAUAUGGCUGUAAUAGAAGGAGCAAAAUAUAUAAUGGGGGAUUCCACUAUGCAGUAUCGCUGGAAAGAACUCUCAAAAGAAGACCAAGCACCAAGUUCUGAAUGUUCUCCUCCUCACCCAACUAAACUUACUGCAGAAAAAUACAAUGGGAAUAGCAUGGUUUUAGAAGAACAGGAGCCAGGAGAUGUUGAUCUGAUCUCUCCCAUACAAAAUGAUUCAGAUACAAAUGAUGACAAGACUUUACGGAAAAGGCUGAGAGAAGACAAAAAAGCUAACACAGCACAGAUGGUGCAACAGAUGAAACAUAGGCUGAGUGAAUCUGAAAGAAAAAGAAAAAGGUGGUUAUAUUGGAAGCCUAUUGUUAUUAAGAUUGGAUUUGGUUCAGUCGUAUUUGUUAUAGCUUAUUCUUCCUGGAAAUUGUAUUCCCAGUACAUGCUCAUGUAAGUAAAUGAGCAAUCUUGCAUCUACGAUGAAUCUUAUAUCCCAUGAUUUAGUGGGAUUUAAAGUGAAUAUAAUAAAUGGAUCCAAGUUUGCUGCCACAUGUGACAAAACAAAUGUGAUUUUACUUCGCCAGUGACAAUUUAACUUGCAGCAUUGAAGUCUUGUCAUCGGUGAUUAACAUGAUCACAAAUUGGUCUCAGGAUUUUUCGAUACUGGUACUUCUGAACCCAAAUUGCCACUUGGAUUCAAAUUAUACAUUUGUUAGAUAAAUUAAUGCACAUUUUCAGCAACUGUAUAUAUGGUAUCUAAAUGGAUAGUUCAAUAGAUAAUAGCCUGAAUGGCCAAGUCACCAAAAGGGUGACUUACAUACAUGAUAGAAGCAAUAAACUGUGUGGUGUUAUUCUUGAAUGCAAAAAGUUACAUUUCUUUAUUAAUGUACCACGAACCAUUUAUACUAUGCAGAUGUAAAGCAAAAUUUGAUAACUAUAUAAUCAUUUUGUAAAUAAUUGUAUUUUUAAAAGCUACAUUUGUACACAUUUAUCCAAUAGAAAUGAGCGAUUGGUGAAUCUACCACCAAUUUUUCAAGAUUGACUUGGAAAUUCACUUUCUGGACCAUUCCCAAUGCAAUGAUUAAUAAAUUGUUUCAGAAAUUAAAUGUUAGCAAAUAAUUAUUGCUCAGUUUUUAUUUACUUGUAAGAUGCAUAUAUGUAUUUAUGCUUAGCUACUAUUUUAUUUGAAAAUAUUUAAUUUUAUAAGGCUACUGGGAGAUUAGAUCUUGUGUCUCAAGUUGCCUCUUUGGAAGAAAUGUUUUGUUAAAACUGCAGCUACUGUUGGAAGCCAUAGCUUGUAUUUAAAGCUUACACAUUCCAUUAAAUGUGAAACUUUUUUGUGGGUCUUACUGGGUUUGAGUCCUAUUCUUCUAUAGCUUCUUUGUCUAUUAUAAUUGGAAUAGGCAGCACAUUACCAAUUUGAUGGUAAUUUCAGAAAAUAAAAAAGUAUUACAAAUGGAAGCAAAUAGCCAUAAUGCAGAUUUAACAGGGAAGGAGGGUGCAAAUGAAGAUUUCUGAAGCUGCUGGCAUUGAGCUAUAGCACAAGCUAUAUAUUAGGAAUAACCUUCUCCAUUUUAUCACUACAUUUGAACAAGAGUAACCAAUUGUGUUUCUGGCAAACAACUCACACAUAUCCUACACAAUAUUAUCAUAGUAUUUGGUAUCCAUCAUUUAUAACACCCGUAUAUAUACAACUAUCUUUUGAGCCCCAUCUCAGAUUCUCUAACUUAAAAUAAUUAAACUGACCUGACCUGAAAAAAAUACAUAAGUGGAUGGAUCAACAUGAUCCUGAUGAAAAUACAAACUUCUGGGCCACAGCAUAUGCUAGGUGGCUGAUAUGUUUGGGGCAACUGGGUGUUCUUUUGCUCUCAUAUCCUGCAAGCUUUUCAGAGUUGCUGGGGAACCUUCCCCAAAGAAAACGCCAUGUUGCCAGUGAGAAUACCUUCUAGGUUUAACCAACAAUAAUUAAUUUAUGGCUAAAUAAUACAAUUUACAGUCUAGUGGUGGUAUAUAUGCUCUAAGUUUCUUAUAAAUUCUGCUCUUGAUAAAAUAGCACCACAUGUUUUGAAAACACUGAAAUAUUUAAUGCAAAGUUCCUAGUGCCCUUUAUUGCAUAAAAGAAAUAGAAAUACUAGAAUUUAUUUCAUGCUUCCUAGCCUACAAUUUAUAAUUUGAAAGAUAAUAAAAAGUGUAUUUUAACUGAAGAGCACUCGAUCACACCUGGCCUCAACUCUUCCAUUUUAUGCU